UUCGUCUGCAACUUGGAAUCUUGUCCCCACUGCAUAUUCGAAUUUCACACAGCAAAUGAUUCCAUACCCACCCGGCCUCCAGGGCUGUCGGCUGCCGACUACCCAUGUAAUUGCUUGCUCGGUCUUGACCGUAGGCGCAUGUCGUUGUGCGCAACCACCAACCUUCCCUCCCAUCCUAUCCUGUACCUAGGUACUCUAUAAUAUUCUAGAGGUUCUUCUCAUUGCCUUCCCCAGUCCCCCACACGGGUUGCAUCCGUCAUCCAAACCUGUAAAGUGACGUCUUUCUCACUACUGUCGUACCAUGGCCUACCUAGCGACGCUACUUCGCCCAUGUGCCCUUUUCCUACAAUACUAGUACCUGAUAGGUACAAAGGUACAAAGAUACUUCCUGCCCUUCGCACUGCGCCCAUUCCAACUUUCUUCCUUCCUGCAAAAUUAUAUCUUCCACAUCCCCUCCUCCCCUCAAGACAGUCUUCCACUUUCGACGUUGUCCAAACUUCGCAAAUCAGUCCCCCCCCCCCCGGCCCUCCAGAAAAGUUGCAUCGAGGCUUUGCCACAAAGCCUGCCACGGAUACUACGCCAGCCUCGCCUGGUUCUGAUCUGCUGGUCAGCGAGCAUCCUCUCCAGUAGUUACUACAACAUCCCGACCCGAACUCCCCGUUGCCCAGCUGACCUUGGCACGGCUUGAUCACACGGUGCCCCGUACUCCGUGACUACACCAUGUCGGCCACCACGACGCAGCCUCCCCCCAGAGGCCGCAACGUCAACGCUCAUCACGACAUGUCAGCUUCGGGCUCUGGAUCUGAGACGGCUGUCGUCGACGAGAAGGGCGACCAUCACUCCUCGCCCAAACACAAGGAAACUCGCCUGGGUGCUGCCGGCGCCAAGCGUGAGCUCACCGCACGCGAGUGCGAGAGUGAGCUGGCGUUUGCGUACCCCGAGAUCAAGAAGUGGUGGAUCUUGACCGUCAUCUUCCUGGUACAGACGUCCAUGAACUUCAACACCUCCCUGUACUCCAACGGCCUGGCUGGCAUCUCCGAGGAGUUCCACGUCAGUGAGCAGGUCGCCCGUCUCGGAGCCGCCCUGUUCCUCAUCCUCUACGCAUUUGGCUGCGAGCUCUGGGCUCCUUGGUCCGAGGAGUUUGGUCGCAAACCCAUAAUGCAGGCUUCGCUCUUCCUUGUCAAUGUCUGGACCCUGCCUGUCGCCCUCGCCCCAAACUUCGCCAGCGUCAUCGUCGGCCGCUGCCUCGGCGGUCUGUCAUCCGCCGGUGGCAGCGUCACCCUAGGUAUGAUCGCCGAUAUGUUUGAUUCGGACCACCAGCAAUACGCGGUCGCCUACAUAGUCUUCUCUUCGGUCGGCGGCUCCAUCCUCGGGCCCAUCGUCGGGGGCUUUGUCCAGCAAUUCCUCCCCUGGCGAUGGUGCAUAUGGAUCCAGCUCAUCUUCGGCGGCUUUGUGCAGAUCCUGCACCUGCUCACAGUGCCCGAGACGCGCACCACUAUCAUGAUCGACAAUAUCGCAAAGAAGCGGAGGAAGAACGGCGAGGAUGUCUGGGGCCCCAACGAGAUUGAGCCCUUCCGUGAGCGCUUCACCUGGGGUGAGCUCAUGCACACUUGGUUCCGCCCCUUCUCCAUGUUCGUCACCGAACCCAUCGUUCUGGUCCUGUCGCUUCUGUCCGGUUUUGCAGAUGCCCUCAUCUUCAUGCAGAUCCAGUCGUUCAGUCUCGUGUACACGCAGUGGAACUUCAACGAUUAUGACAUCGGCCUCGCCUUUAUCCCCAUCGGAAUCGGCUAUCUCAUUGCCUGGCUUUCCUUCAUCCCCGCCAUCAGGCGAAACACUCACCAGCGGAGAUCCAGGCCUGACGAUGAGCAUGCACAGUACGAGAGCCGUCUCUGGUGGCUUCUCUACCUCGCGCCGUGCCUUCCUCUGGGUCUCUUCAUAUUCGCGUUCACGUGCAAUGGGCCACCAAUUCACUGGGUUGGCUCCAUGUUUGCAAGUGCCAUCAUAGGCAUUGCAAACUAUGCCAUCUAUAUGGCCACUAUUGACUACAUGAUCUGUGCUUAUGGUCCUUACUCUGCCUCCGCCACCGGUGGGAACGGCUGGGCGCGCGACUUCCUUGCCGGCGUGCUCACUUGCGCAGCCACCCCUUUCUACGAAAAUAUCCCCGGGCAGAACGGAAAGCCCUUAUUCAACGCGUCCAUCAUCCUCUUCUGCAUCUCAUUUCUGCUCGUCAUUGCCGUCUAUGUCAUAUACUGGAAGGGUCCGGAGCUGCGCAAACGAUCUCCCUUCGCCGAGAAUCUCGCCAAAGGCGUCGAUACCGAGCGACCGCGUCGGCCGUCCACGGCCACAGAGCAUCACGUACCGGCGGUCCGCGAGCCUGAGAAGCAACCUGAGCCAGGCACCGCUACCCCAGGAGGUACUGCUCGUCAUGCUCAGCGACCACACUUCGGCCCCGGGUCCCGAACCAGUUCUUACAGUGCCGCUAGGGAUGCGGCGUCACGCAACCAGUCCCGUAACGCCUCCAGAGCAGCAUCAAGAGCGCAAAGUUUCGAGGAAGACAGAGAUGGCCAGGCAAACCCGUAUUCCUCGGCACCUUCGGGCAGACGUACCCCUGGCAGUCGCACGCCGGGUACUCGAACACCUCGCACAUCCAACGCCCCCGCGGAACAUGUCCACCCCAGCCAACUUCACAGCAGGCUGGCGCCACUAGCGAAGAUCGAGUCCGAGCAACCGUAGGGCAGUGGGUGCUCUCCUCUCCGUGCGGGACGUUCCCGUUUUGGCCCCGGGUCAAGGAAUUCUUCGUAUGCUGCUGUAAAGGCACAGACCAACCGGAGUAUCUCACGGGAAACCUCGCUGGAAACAUCCAGGACGGCUAGUUUUGAAGCAGAUGGGCAAGGUGCACCGGAUCUGUUCUCACCAAUCUCGUCAUCAGGGUUAAGAAUGGCGACUGCGAGACUUGAUUCACGGAAUUACCAAAGUCGUGCCCAUCGGCCGUCAACGUUGGCUGAGUGCAGUGAGGGGCCACCACAAGGCAAGGAGUGAUUCCAAACCUGUGACAGAAUGCUUCCAGCUGAUAAUUGGUCUUGCUCGGGUUCGGUCUGAUGAUGAAUCAAAUGUGCGUCUCAAGUCGCUGACUGGCCGUGCAUCAAUAUCAGCUGGCUUCUAAAAAAGCAAAACGGGCUCGCGAUGCCUCCCGGUGUUGGGGAGAUUUGCAUACAACAGAGGCAUUCGGCUUUCUUAAUAUGCAUAGUUUAUAGAUAGGUGAGUGGAUGCGGAGGAUCACAAAUAGAUACCCAAUCCCUUAGGUAAUUUGCAACAGAGUCAUUGAAUCCG